AUGACAAACGUUGGAAAAGAGGAAAAGAGCAGAAACGAAGAAAGAAAAAGAUAUAAUUUUUUUUCCACGUUUGAAACAAAAUACCAAAAAGCUUAUCCAAUAAACGAUAGCAAAAGAAAACUGAAAAGAGGUGAUCAAUUGAGACCAAAAAAAAUAAUGCCUACCUCUAAUCAUAAACUUGCUUAUUCUCUUGCUAGCACUGAUGUCCAGUUGCUACAAGCUUUGAAUGCAAUGAAAGAAGAGAUGAAGGCUAUGAAGGAUAAGAUCACACUGAUAGAUACACAAAUUGAUGUAGUCAUCACUGGUAACACAACCUCUAUCAAUGGCAUUGAUACCUUGUCUGCCCUCCCAGCACCUGUGAAUGUACCUACUAUUGUUGCACCCACAUCUGCUGCCCUUCCCACCACCGAAUCAGGUGAUACUAACACUGUAUUUGGAUACAUUCAUGGUUAUAUGUGGAGCCCAAAACUAAAAUCAAGAGACCAAGCAGAAAUCCAAGUGAAUGCCAUAAAAUCAAAGUGGGCAGUUGAUAUUUGUUUUGAUCACUCUCCAAAUAGAGAGUUAGUCAAACAAAUCUUGUAUUACUUGGAAAAGAUGUUUGCUGGCACUGAUAUGAGGAUAUACGACCUUCGUAAGUGUGUAUAUACAAACUUCUGUAUUAGACAUUGCCAGCAAAGGGAACUUCCAGAAACAAGACGAGCCUUGAAUACUAAUUCAAGAAGAUCUGGCCAUGAAACUGAUGCUGACAUUGAUCUCAAGAUGAGUCAAAACUGCUCUGGACUGAUCCAAAAGUUGGUCAUGUCUGAAGGCGAAUCAGACUAUGAUAUGUCCCCCUCUCAGCCAAGAAAUGAGAUUUGUGUUGCUCGCCCAAGUUGGAGAAAGGUUGACUUGUUUGUUGUAAAGCAAUUGGGUGCAAAUUCUUUCCAACUGCUUAGAAGAGUUUAUGAUAGAACAGUGGAAUCAACAGUCCCAAUUAAUUUAGAUCCUGCUCUACCUCAAUGGGCUCUUAGAAAUGAGUCAUAA